GAUGGAAGUGCUACGACGUUCCUCGGUCUUUGCUGCAGAGGUCAUGGAGGUUUUUGACAGAUCUCCCACUGACAAGGAGCUUGUCUCCCAAGCCAAGGCUCUCUGCAGAGACUAUAUAAAUUCCAGGCUAAUUCGAGCGGGUGUCAGCUGGAGCAAACCCGAGUACAACGUGCCAGUGCCUGGUGGCAAGCUGGCCGAGGUGUCCACCAUACUGCUACGACUGGGGGAUGAGCUGGAAUACAUUCGCCCCAACGUCUACCGGAAUAUCGCCCGCCAACUGAACAUCUCGCUGCACUCGGAGACGGUGGUGACGGACGCCUUCCUGGCAGUAGCUGCGCAGAUUUUCACUGCAGGCAUAACGUGGGGCAAGGUGGUGUCUCUCUAUGCUGUGGCAGCCGGGCUGGCAGUGGACUGUGUGCGGCAUGCGCAGCCAGCCAUGGUUCACACCAUCGUAGACUGCCUGGGAGAAUUUGUCCGCAAGACCUUGGUGACGUGGCUGAAAAGAAGAGGAGGCUGGGCAGACAUCACGAAAUGCGUGGUGAAUACUGACCCCAGCCUUCGCUCCCACUGGCUCGUGGCCGCCGUUUGCAGCUUUGGUCACUUCCUCAAGGCUAUCUUCUUCGUCUUGCUGCCCGAGAGAUGAAUCCCAAUCACCGAGUGCAGCCCCCCUACCCCAUCUCCUCCCGGGCUCCGGAAGCGGUGGCAGUAGCAAUCUCUGAAGAGGAGGAAGAGAAGAACUGGGACAAACAAAAGGCUUGUUCUCCUCUCCCUUUGGCUGGGAGCACAUGAGCAACCACAGUCUCCUCUUUGCAGCCGCAGGAGCCUCUCUCA